CGCGUGCGCUGUGGAAUCUCCAGCUAGCAAGCAAGCAAGCGGAGGCAGCGUGGUUACGAAUGUACCUGAGUGCAGUAGCAGUGUAGCCGUGAACCAGCGUUUUCAAGUAAUACUGUGUCAACCAGGUUAGGAUAAGUCUCUUUCAUGUGAGAUUUAUUUACAUUGUUAUUAUUGCAGAUUAAAAUGAAUGCACUGGCGUUUGGUUUGUAUGUUUAUUUUUGUAUAUGUUGACACGAGUAUUGAAAAAAUGAAACUCAAAACGCUGACGCCUGAUUAGCUCUUCAGUGUUAUUCAGGAAAGUACUGCAACCGUUGCUGAUGUAUUUUUUUCAAAGUUUUAGUUAAUACGUCACUCUCAUUGUAUCCUAAGAGUCUUGAAUAAAACAUUCUCAUAUUCCCCAAGCCGUGCGGCCAUACUCACAAGCGAGGGGUUUGUUCCAGAGCCGUGAUGGCAGGAAGAGGUCGGGGACGUGCCUCAUUUACCUUUAACAUCGAGGCGCUUGGCCUGGGCAGGGGUGAAGCUCUACCAGAUGUUGCGUAUCAGCCACGGCAGGUAUACCCUCCAACAGAUUACAAACCAUUGCCUUUGAAAACAGGAGAGGAUGAAGAUUAUAUGCUGGCCUUAAAACAUGAGUUAAAAGAAACUAUGCAAUCGUUACCUUACCAUAUGGAUUUUCCGAGUGUGAAGAAAGAUGUUGCAAGAUACAAAGAAAAGUAUUUGCAGGAAUAUAAUAAAGAGAUGGCCAGCACAUGGACACCAGAUUGGAGACGACUCCCAAGAGAGCUGAUGCCCAUAAGAAAAAAGAAAAAGAUAUCCAAUGUUAAAACAAAACCAAAAAUUGCACCAAGUAAAGAAAAAGUGGACAUUGUUAGUAAAUUGGAGGAGCUGGAAAAGAAGGAUGAAGAAGGGAAGUCUGAUGGUGAAGGAGAAGAGAAGAAGAAACCAGAAGAGGAGGAGGAGGAGGAAGAAGCAGCAGAGGAGGAGUAUGAUGAGGAGGAGUUUGAGGAGGAAAAUGACUACAUUGCUUCAUACUUUGAAGAUGGGGAUGACUUUGGCGGGGGCAGUGAUGACAACGUUGAUGAAGCAACUUACUAACUGUACUGUGCAUUUACAUCUUAUUGCAUACAACAGCUGCAGGCACUUCUCAGUGAAUGAAUGGUUAUUUUAUGAUAUGAUGAUAAAUAUCAACAUAAAAAACAACCUGUGCGGUUUUGCUAUUGAGAGUAUGACUGGUGUCAUUCAAUAAGAAGCAUUUCUGUACAAAUGAGCCCCACUGCAACCCAUACAAUCAGCCACGCAGCACCAGUGAAAAGCCUGCUUUCUAGAAUUCCAUUUCCAUGAGGUAGGGUUCUGGGUAUGUUUAACUAGGGAGUUUUGCAUGUUUGUACACAAUGGAAAUUGUGACCCUGUACAAAAUGGCUUCGUUUACAAUUGCUAAUGAAAAAAUGUCCACGUCAUGAUAUUCCUGUUUAUUUAAAACUACAUUUGCACGGAUUGAAAGGUAUGGUUCAUUUCUCCAGAUUAUGUAUCUGUUAUAAAAAUCAUGUAAAUCUUCAGAGUAAUUUGGGGAAAAACUUCAUAUCCUACAGUACUUGAAAUAUGAAUAGGCCAUGCUCACUAAGUAAAACAGGUUAAUACAAUUACUGUAACUUGUGUUGUCUAGCAAGCUCAGCCCACAAGUCAGUUUUCAAACAUUCUACCUCUAAUAAUUUAAUAGCAUAUUAUAGAUAUUUAAAAACACUUAUUGUUAACAUCUGUGCAUAUUUGUAUAUCUCUGUAUAAGAGGUGUGAGGAUUCAUUGGAACUCCCUGCUUUUGCGUGGUUAUCUUUAAAUUGAUACUCUUAAUAGACAGCCAGGGUGCAUUAGAUCUCUCUGAACACUCUGCAGGUAUAUGAACUUUGCAGGUAAUGUCUUUGCAAAAUGGUGUGCUUUGUGGUAUAGCCACUCAAUGGACCUUCACUUUAAACUCAAAUAGUAUUCUAUGGCAGUACCUGCUGUGUAAAUAUGUUACUUAAUGCACUUACAGAGGCGGACUGGUACCCCACACAUGGGAUCCAUAAGACAUAAAUGUGGCAGUCUGGCUAUGGAUACUUUAUAUCUGAUUGAAAUAAACUAUGCAAUUUUUAUUUUAAUAUAAAUGGCAUUUUUUUUGAAAACUUGAGUUUUGCUGAAGCCAGUGGUGUCAAUUUGGAAAACACAAUUUGAGUUUUUAUAUGUUUGCAAAUAGGCAGAAUAAAAUGCUACAGAUUGAA